GCUGAGCGUCAUCAGCGCAUCAAGGACCAAAACAGGACACAUUCCCAGUUAAAGGAAGCUGCGUCUUCCUGAACGUGUAUGCAGAAUCCUACCUUCUAAUGCAGAGUACUCCACUCUGUUGUAUUCCCAGUUUGAGUGCUCUCUCUCACGUCGUAAUGUGACACUUUAACACCACUCCAGAUAUUUUGCCACCCAGGGCAAUUCUGACCUAAACAUGGGAUUUUUGAUCGUCCCCUUCCUUUGCUCAUUGCUGUUUAUCAGAACCAUCAGAGCUAAAUACGAACCAAACUGGGAAUCCAUCGACUCCAGACCCUUACCUGAGUGGUACGAUCAGGCCAAGUUUGGGAUCUUCAUUCACUGGGGGGUCUUCUCUGUUCCCAGCUUCGGCAGCGAGUGGUUCUGGUGGUACUGGCAGAAGCAAAAGCUAAAGCCGUAUGUUGACUUCAUGCAGCGCAAUUAUCCUCCAGGCUUCACGUACCAAGAGUUUGCACCACAGUUCACCGCUGAGUUCUUUGACGCUGAGGAAUGGACGGACAUCUUUGUGUCAUCAGGGGCGAAGUACAUCGUCCUGACCACAAAACAUCAUGAAGGUUUCACACUUUGGGGCUCAAAAAACUCCUGGAACUGGAAUGCAGUGGACGUCGGACCGAAAAGAGACGUGGUAGAUGAAGUGGCGAGUGCCCUCCGUGCUAACAGUGACCUCCGUUUAGGGCUCUACCACUCUCUCUUCGAGUGGUUCAAUCCGCUCUUUGAACAGGACGCUGCUAAUGCUUUCACCACAAACUACUUUCCCAUGAGUAAAACUCUGCCCGAGCUUUAUGAGCUUAUUGUCAAGUACAAACCAGAGGUGCUGUGGUCUGAUGGGGAUGGAGACGCACCUGAUAAGUACUGGAACAGCACAGGUUUCUUAGCCUGGCUGUAUAAUGACAGUCCUGUACGAGACACAGUGGUGACAAACGAUCGCUGGGGCUACGGUUCCAUCUGCACUCAUGGAGGAUAUUACACUUGUGCUGAUCGCUACCAGCCGGGACACCUGCUCAAGCACAAAUGGGAAAACUGCAUGACCAUCGACACGAAGUCGUGGGGCUACAGGCGAAAUGCUCCUCUCAGUGACAUCCUCACCAUCGAGCAGCUUGUAGCGAAUUUGGUGGAGACUGUGUCCUGUGGAGGAAACCUGCUGAUGAACGUUGGUCCGACACAUGAUGGACGCAUCGCCCCGAUCUUUGAGGAGCGUCUGAGGCAGAUGGGUCAGUGGCUGAAGGUUAACGGAGAGGCCAUUUACAACACGACAGCAUGGAGGGUUCAAAAUGACACUGUCACUCCUAACAUCUGGUACACCUCUAGACCACAAGAAGGGAGCAUCUUUGCCAUUUUACUGGAGUGGCCCGAUGAAGUAUCCGUGACUCUGAAUGAACCUGCUGUGACACAAGGACAGACUCAGGUUGCACUCCUCGGUCACGGGUCUCUGCAGUGGGAGCCUGUAAAGCCCAGCGGACUGCGGGUCUUCCUGCCCCAGCUGUCCUUCAGACAGAUGCCAUGCCAGUGGGCCUGGACACUGAGGUUGACAGGUGCCACUUAAAACCAGAUCACAUGAAGAGGAAGAGACAGAGCUGCAGGCCAGAGAGAGCCCAGGGAUUUUAUAGGGACGCUUUCUAAUGCACUAUUACCACAUGAGAAUGAUCAUUUUUUCAAUACAUGUGUAAAUAUUAUUACAUCCUCUUUUUUCUUGGCUUUAUGUAUUAAAGUCUUUGUUGCAGCUCUGAGUUAUUUACUUUCAAAGUUGAUCUACAACCUGAACGCAAUAUAUAACUGUGUACUUUUGGUAAAACAUUGAAAUGUGCAUACAUUUUUCUGUACUUUUGCAGUAAUUUCUUUUUAAAUCAAGGCUACAUUUGAGUCAGUCCAGAAUUGCGGGUACAUUUUGGGUAUAGAAAGAAAAUGAAAGAUUGUACAGUUUUUAUCCAUCUUUCUUUGUUAUUCUCAUAGAACACACUUUAAAUUUAACAUUUUUAGCAUUUGCUAAGCUUAAACCUGUAAGAUUUAAAAUAUUCAAUGCCGAAAUCAAUGUUAGGGACAAAUUUGGUCAUAUAAAUAAUGAACAAAUCUAAUAUGAUUUAAAAUACAACCUUUAAAUAUAAAUUGUGUGUAAAAUAUAGAUCAAGCAUUAUUAUUAUUAGAGAAAGGAUAACACUGUUAGUGAUAUUACUCAAAGUUGAUUCAAUAAAGAUUUUUUUGUGGAGGGAAAUAAUAAAAGGUUUAUCUGGGAGACACGAAAUGUACCCACAAUUCUGGAAUGACCCAUAAGUGAGGUUCAUCUUAAAUUCAGAAGCACCAAUGUAUGCAGUGUUGAAGCCAGUGUUUUAUAUGUGAAUGAAUGUUUGAAUAACAUCUUCAACCA